AUGACUUUGACUGAAAUCAGCAAUAAUAGCUUAUCCUUGCCCCUUGCCAAGAGACAGAAGAUAGCCGUUGAUGAUGCCUCUCGCAGGGAUACGCAUCGUGCUGGAUCUAGGAUCUUCUCACCAUUUCGUACGCUUGGAUUAGUUUCACCCACAUCUGUUCCAUUUACAUGUACGCGACUGGGGAAAACUACAUUUCAGAUCACAACGUGUGUUGGCCGCUGCCUGCAUACCUAUGACCUACGUCAAGGACUGAAGCUGGUUUUUAUCAGCCGUCCACAGACCCCGCGCGAUAUAACUGCUACAUUCUCGUGGCAAGACAAAUCAUUCGCAGCAUGGGGAGUUCCCGGGCCUGGCGGCUCUGGCGGCAUCUGGGUUUUCAAGCGCGGCAAGAAAGUUGCGGCGCUUGAAGCUCCCAUCGAGCUUCCCGCGCCCAUCGAACAUCUGGUCGUUUUCGGUUCUUGGAUAGUCGGGUGUGGUGGGCAAUCAGUUAGCGUUUGGAAGAAUGGAUCAUAUGAAUAUUACACGUCCCUUUCUUUUGCACGCUCUGAGGGCACCACCGGUGGAGAGGCUCAUGCCACUCAUAUAUCUACUUUACCGACCUAUCUCAACAAGAUACUCAUCGGCAAAUCAGAUGGAAGCGUGGAUAUCUGGAAUGUGAAGACUGGAAGCCUUAUCCAUACCAUCUUCGCGGCUUUCCCCAACGCUGGCCCGGUUACUGUACUUCGGCCGAGUCCUGCGCUCUCAGUUGUCGCAAUUGCCUACAAGAAUGGGUCAAUUUCCAUUCGAAACGUUGAAACCGGCCAGUCCAUAUUUUCGUUCCAGCCACAGACGCCGCAUGCGCCAGCCGUAACGUCCAUCACUUUUCGGAGUGACGGCGCUGGUGCUGGAGAAGAGGGCCGGCAGCCAGGGGCCAUGGCCACCGCCUGUGUAAGUAACGGCGACAUCACUCUUUGGGAUCUGAACCGUGGUGGCCGCGUUGUGGGUACUCUUCGUAAUGCCCAUAAGGUCUCAAUGGAUGACCCCGGCUCAGGUAUAAACCAUAUGGAGUUCCUCGAUGGACAGCCAGUUAUUGUUACGACUGGAAAGGACAAUGCGCUGCGGACAUGGAUUGUCGACGAGUCUCCAUUUUCCCCAAUUCCGAGGCCUUUACACUCAAGGAGCGGCCAUUCAGAUACUUUAACAACUAUUUCGUUUUUGCCGUCGUCUUCUGACGGCUCCGAAUCCACAGCCAAAUGGUUGUUGAGUGCGAGCAAAGAUAGUAGUCUAUGGGGUUUCAGUUUGCGCAAGGACAGUCAAAGCACCGAGCUAUCUCAGGGCUCUGGAGAUCAGAGAGCGAGGAAGCGUGGUGUUGUUAAUCCAACUACGAAUAACGAUUAUCCCCUGAACCGGAUAAAUUUGAAGGCACCGGAAGUCACAUGUAUCGCAUGCUCCCUCAAUCGGGAUGGGGGAAUGGGCGUCACUGUAUCAUCCCCAGUCUGGUCUAACCCUAAAACAACCGACACGGCGUCCUCUAAUAGAACAGGAUGGGAAAGUAUAGUGACAGGUCAUCGUGGCGAUAAAUAUGCUAGGACCUGGUUUUGGGGCAAGAAGAAAGCUGGACGUUGGGUAUUUGAGACUGGUGAUGGAACCGAUGUCAAGAGUGUUGCCAUAUCUCAAUGUGGAACGUUUGCAGUGGUUGGAUCUGCAGGUGGCAGCAUUGACCUGUUCAACAUGCAAUCAGGUCGAUACCGCCAGAGUUACCCGGCCAAAAGUUUGAAAGUGAAACAUACAGGGGGCAGUGAUGCCGGAUCCAAAGCCAGGCAAGCCCGUACUGAUUCAAAUCGGCAUACAAAAGCAGUCACUGGCCUGGCAGUUGACGGGUUGAAUCGCGCCAUUGUUAGCUGCGGGUUGGAUGGCAAAGUCAAGUUCUGGGAUUUUCAAUCCGGUUCGCUGGUCCAGGAACUUGACUGGUAUCCAAUGACGGCCAUCACGGCCCUGCGAUAUAGUAGCACAAGCGACCUAGUUGCAUUCAGCUGCGAUGACCUUUCCAUACGCGUGGUGGAUAUGGAAACACGAAAAAUUGUUCGUGAGCUGUGGGGCUGUGCAGGCCAAAUAAAUGACUUUACUUUCUCGAGCGACGGACGGUGGAUAAUUGCUACGUCUAUGGACUCCGUUAUCCGGGUGUGGGACCUGCCGACUGGCCAUCUUAUUGAUAUCUUUCGUGUAUCCAGCACGUGUACCUCUCUGGCCAUGUCUCCCACUGGUGAUUUUCUAGCCACUGCACAUGCGGAUGGGCUGGGUAUUGGUCUCUGGUCAAACAGGAGCCUGUUCAUGCCGGUGUCCACCCGAAAUCUAAACGUGGAUAGUCUCCUGGAAGCCGAUCUCCCUUCUUCUGCUGGCGAGGGUGGCGUUGGCCUCAUCGAAGCGGCUUUCCGACAAGAUGAUGAGGAUCGUGGUGGCGACGGUCCAAUCUCAUAUACAGGCCAGCUCAGUCGAGAAAUGUUAACCUUGAGUGCUAUCCCCAAAAAUAAGUGGCAGACCCUGGUUUACAUGGAUUUGAUCAAGGAGCGGAACAUGCCUAAGGAGCCACCGAAAGGUCCCGAGAAGGCCCCGUUCUUCCUUCCUGCACCAUCUACCUACGGUGUGUCUGACCACAAUGCGGAUGCGAAAUUAGAUAGGGCGUCCACCGAACUGUCACGCAUUGCCAAGUUGCGGCUCUCUAGAAGUACCAAUGCGGGAUCCCGGUUCACAUCGCUUUUACGAGCAGGUUCUCUGUCUGGAGACUUUGAGUCCUUCUUUUUGGAAAUGAAGUCUUUGAAUCCGUCUAGACUAGAACUUGAAAUCCGGUCACUGGAUCCGCAAGUGAAAGGGGAGCAGUCUGAGUUGUCUGCCUUUGUCUUGGCUUUGUGUAAUCGUCUUGCUACCAGAAAAGAUUUUGAGCUCGCCAACGCAUGGAUGGCAGUAUUCCUCAAAAUACACUCCGAUGUUGUUGCGGCUUGCUGUGACCCGAAUGAGGGUGCAGACAAUAGGCUGGGUGAGUCUCUUGAUCUUUGGAGACGGGUACAACAGACCGAGAGCCAACGCCUGGCAGGUCUAGUCGGCUACUGCCGAGGCGUCAUUGAGUUCUUGAGGUCCUCCCGUUAG